CAGGCAAGUACGAACCCAGUCUGGUGUCGCUUUGGGAAGGCACGACCUGGGUAGAGGGGGUACGCGUGCGCUUUAUGCGUGAACAAGCACUGCUUCCACGUCUAACAAGGUUUAGAGCAGUUUGACUCUGCGCAAUGCACGAUGUCCUUCGAUCGACUGCACAAGCGGCUGGAGACGCCAGACUUCCGCACCUUUAAACCUGCGUCUUCAUCUAGCGAUCUCGCUAACAUGGAUUGCACCGUCACUGUCUUCGACAUCAAACAGCACAUACCGGAAGAUGGCAUAUCACUUUUCGAUCUCCGUGCAUAUUUCGACGAGGCAAGGCUCCCCAGCAACAGCAAGGCCGCCGAGCAGUUUGUGCGCCUUGUCAAGCAAGUCGCCUUCUGCAAAGACGGCAAGUACCAUCUCAAGUACGCUGCACAGAGGAGUGCAUGUGGAUCACAAAACAAAGCCCACUCGCAACAUGAAACCAACAGAGAGGAUUCGGCGCAGCCACCCACCAAACCUUCGGCGGGACAUGACCAUCACGGCACCGAGUCACCAAAGCCAUCUACUGAAUCUACUGCAGUCGACUCAUAUCUUAAGUUCUGCGAUAUCAGGGCUCACAUUCCGCCAAAUGGCACCACCCUGUCCGACCUGCGGGCAAGCUUCAGCGAGCAGGAACUGCCAGCCGCAAGCCAGACCAGUACGCGUUUUGCAGCCCUUGUCGGACAGAUCGCGAUACUCAGGAAUGGCAAGUACUAUGUGAGGAACCCGUUUGGGCCGGACAUACCCGAAGUCCAGAUUCAGAAGCAAUCCCAGUUCAGCAACGAGAUACCGGCAAAGUCUGAAGUGACCGAGGAACAGACGCACAUGGCCACGAUUGGACCCGCACAGAAAGCUUCAUCAAGUGUAGAGAUCGCCGUCGAGUCCGUUAACGGAGCUGCGAUCGAGUCGGAGAAAUUGUUUGAUGAUGAUACUCUGAGCGCACUCGAUGAUCGUGGCGCCAAAGCAUGCAGCGUGACCUGCAAAGGUCUCGAGGCACAAGUCACAAAUCCCGGCAUAAACACAGCGACAGACGAUCCGUCAAAGAAAUUCACGCCUCAGCCACUCCGCGCCGCGAAACGUUCCGCAAGCGUGACGUGCGAUUCGACCCCGUCGAAGAAGGCCCGCUUCGAAGAGCUUGCCAGCCAGAAGACUAAGCUGCGCGAGGAGCUUGCCGCUCAGCGCAAGCGUAAGCUGGAGCAGCAGACGGCGCUUGAGGAGCAGCGCCGUCUUCGUGCGGAGGAGGAGCGUCUGCGGGAAGAAGCAGAGCUGCGGGAGAUUGCCAUGCUGCAAGCGCAGCUGGACGAGGAGUCGGAGGACUUAGCCCACCUUGAGCAGCUGACAGCGGAGGAGAAGGCGGCGAUGGAUGAGGCAAAGGCUGCGAGAGCGCUGAUUGAGUGUGAGCUGGAUGCGGCAUAGCUAGAGUAAUGCAGAAGGUGCGACGUUUCAACGCUUGAAUGAGGAAAAGAAGGGGGCGGGUGAGGCCACUAGCCUACCUGAAGCUUGAGGUCACAGCAUCUGAUUUCAUCUGACUCAAACGCCGCGCAAUAUGUACCACUUUGCUGCAUAAUGGCGAGCAACUCCAACAGAGAGCAUGCGCCGGUGGUCCCACAUGCGAGCCCGUCUCCUGUACAGAAAGCAGCC